UNCCCCGUGUACUUUUUCCUUAGCCACUUGUCCUUUGUCGAUUUCUGUUACUCUACAGUAGUUACACCCAAACUGUUGGAGAACUUGGUUGUAGAAGACAGGACCAUCUCCUUCACAGGAUGUAUCAUGCAAUUCUUCUUUGCAUGCAUAUUCGUGGUGACAGAAACUUUCAUGUUGGCAGUGAUGGCCUAUGACCGAUUUGUGGCAGUUUGCAACCCCUUGCUCUACACAGUUGCUAUGUCUCAGAAGCUUUGUUCCAUGGUGAUAGCUGUGGUAUACACUUGGAGUAUAGUCUGUUCCUUAACAUAUACAUACUUUUUUUUGACCAUAUCUUUUUGUGGGAGAAACUUCAUAAAUAACUUUGUGUGUGAGUAUGCUGCCAUUGUUGCUGUGUCCUGCUCUGACCCCUACAUUAGCCAGAUCAUUUUAGUUUCUGCCACAUUCAAUGAAAUAAGCAUCCUGAUGAUCAUUCUUACUUCUUAUGUUUUCAUUUUUGUCACUGUCAUGAAGAUGCAUUCAACUGGGGGGCACCAGAAAGCCUUCUCCACAUGUGCGUCCCAUCUAACCACCAUUACUAUAUUCCAUGGUACAAUUCUUUUUCUCUAUUGUGUUCUAAACUCCAAAAGUUCAUGGCUCAUGGUCAAGGUGGCUUCUGUGUUUUACACAGUGGUCAUCCCCAUGUUGAAUCCCCUGAUCUAUAGCCUGAGGAACAAGGAAGUGAAGGAAGCAGUCAGAAAGUUAAUCAGUUACACAUUAUGUCAUAAAAUAUAA